CUACACCCAGCCGGAUCUGGAUGUGCUGACGUGUCGGCUCCUCCAGCCCAGUGCUCAUGCUCCAGCAGCCGAAUCGAGACCGUCAACAAAACUGCCAGCAUGGCAGCAAAACACUUUUACCGACAAGGCUUUUUAUUACUUUUAUUAAAUUUUAUUGCAACUGCAGCCUUGGAGAGAAGGUUUUCCGACUUUAAAAGAUGCGCCGAUCAGGAGUGUAGCAUGCUUCUGUGUCGAGGAAAAGCAGUGAAAGAUUUCUCAGGACCAGAUUGUCGGUUCUUGUCAUUUAAGACAUCAGAAACUAUCUAUGUAUACUACAAGCUGGCAGGUAAAAGGACUGACCUGUGGGCUGGAAGUGUUGGAAGUCACUUUGGCUAUUUCCCAAAGGAUCUUCUUGCAGUUAACCACCGUUAUACUGAUAAAGAGCUUGAAGUUCCAGCAGAGGAAACAGAUUUUGUCUGUUUUGACACUGGAUUUGAUAAGUUUGACAAUUACGACAUAGAUUUUCUGUUAGGCUCUUCAGCGGAGGAAAAUGACAGUGAAGAUAAGGGAACGUCUGAUCAAAUACAAAUGGCAGAGGAAACUGAGAAAGAACCACAGCCAUUUGAAGAAGAAGUCACUGACAGUGAAAAACAAACUGAGCAUCAAGAUUACUCAGAGGAUCUUGAUAAAGUCCCCGAUGAUGAAAGUGCCUCUUUACCUGAGGUUGAUGUGGCAACUGAAUCGCCUUUUACAAAAGUAGUAGAGUCUGAUACAGCAGCUACACUUGAUGUUACUGAAAGAGCUGAAGAAAUUGAGCAAAAAAACACAGUAGGGUCUGUUGAAAUUGUUGGGUCAGAGAGGAGUGAAACCAAAGAUACACCUAAAAAAUCUGAAGUGGAAUCUGUGUCCAAAGAUGAGUUUGCUUCAGAGAAAGAACCAGUUUCGGUUUCUGAAGGAGUACAAAUCCCAGAGUUGAAGACUACGCUUGGAACAACUUUUGAUGCUGUCACUACUGAUGAUGAAAUCACCAAGAAUGUUACACCGUAUCAAGAGGAGGAAAGCGAAGAUGUGGAAAAUCAGCAUGAAGACCACAUUGAUGUUACAGAAAAAAUUCCGCUAUUGUCUUUCUCUGAAGAAGCUGUGAACUCUCCGGCAUCUGAUUCCCUCAAACAGCAGGAAACUCCUCCGGCAACACAUGAUGAUCAACCACAGGCUGCAGAGGAGAAAAACAUGUGGACAUCAAUUGGAGAUGCAGUUUUUUCAGUUGUCACUGGGGGGGAGACUACAGCACAAGAUUUGAGUUCAGAUGAAGAAGAUGAUGAUGAUGAGGAUGAGGAAGAAGAAGCUGCUGCAAAACCCCCUCAAAAUUUUGAGGAUGCAGUGAAAGAUGUAGAACAACCACUAACAACAGAAUCUCCAAAAGAGCCAGAAAACAUAGAACAUGCUUUUCUAGAUUCUCCUGAUUCCAGCUCUGAACAAACAGAUAAUAAAGAAACAGUCAGUGAUUCUGAGAGACUUUUGUUUGAUCGUGAUAAUGAGAGGGAUGGAGUGGUCAGACAUGAGGAUGCUUGGAAUGAAACAUUAAAACCUAAAGACGAUACACCACUGAGACACCACCAAACAGAAUCAAGUACAAUGUCAGUGGAUCUGGAGGAUACUUUUGAAAAGUCAUCUAUUAAGACAACAAAGGAACCCAUGAAGCGCAAAGAAGAGGAGGGGAAGGAGGUGUACAAAGAUUCAGAGGUCAAUGAUGAUAAUGCAAUCAUACAGGACGGUAACAUUGCGAUGGAGCGUAGAAAGGGUUUGGAAGAAAACGAGACAGUGUCCGAUCGAGAAUUAGUCAGUACCAAAACUGAAAAACAUCAGGACCUGCCCACUGAAGAGAAGCAAUUGAGGGAGUUAGAUGUCCAAGAUGUUAAAAAGAAAGUAGACGACAGCUUGCCUAAUCAGAUCCAUGAUCAUUUAAUGACAGAUUCUGAGAAUAUCAGUCAACCGGAUUUAUCUGUCGAGGAACCAGACGUUCACGAGGAACCACGUAAAGAGGAGAGCGAAGAUGAGAAAGAUGCAGAGCUGGAGGAAGAAAAAAAUGAGGAGAAAGAGGAAUUACUUGAAGACGAAAAUGCACUUUCAAUUUCUCAAGCAGAUAACACAGACUUUGACAAACCCUCACUUGAAACUGAAACUCCCACUGCCUCGACUCUAGAGCCAGAAUACAGUGAUAGUGUGAUGAGACUGACUGUGCUGCGAGAACACUUCACAGAGGAAAACAUGGAGCGGAUCCAAAGGUUUCUGGGUCUCAAAAAUCUCUUCAAAGUGGAGGCCAUGUUCUCUGAUCUGGACAUCGAGUUGCAGGCUACCCGUCUGUCACUAGAAAGCUCCACGCAAGACAUUGAAAAUGCCCUCGAGGGCAUCCUGGAAGCCUCUGAAAACACGAUCUUGGAUGAGAUCGAGAGAAUGCUGGAUAGCCGUAGCAAAAAACAAGAUUUUGACCAACAUAUGGACACAAGUAGUUUGGAUGAGGAGACUGAAAUACUGGAUGACUUCCAGGAGCUUGCAUUCAGCCUGCGUCAGAAGUAUUCAACAGCCAGUGACAGCACACCUUUAGCAAGAGAGGAAGCAUCAGAUAUUGACCAGGAUGAACAUGAAUUGAAUACUAAAGAAGAAAUGCCUCACAUUGUUGAAGAAGACAAAGCUGACAUUGUCCCUGAGACUGAGAGUGAAGGCAACGUCACAGUAACAGGUCAUGAGGAAAGGCCAGCAGAGACUGAAAAGGAGCAGAUAGUUGUGGAUGAUGUGCACAGUGGACCAGAUGUCAGCGUUGAGGAGGAUGGUGGACACUUCAAUAAAAACAAAGACAAUCUGCCGGGAUUCAGCGCAUCAAAUGAGAUGCAGAAGGUCCCACAAGCCACUCUGGAAAAUCCUUUAGACAUGGGCCUUGGUGUCGAAGUGGAGCACUCGCCCUCAGGAUCUUUGGAUCCAUUGGAACCAGUGUCUGAAAUUCACGAAGAAGAAGUGGGAUUAUUGUCAACUGGAAUUGUUUACAUGGGCUGCAUCCUCUCUAUCACCAACAGUAAAAUUUCAGAGUGGACCACUGUGAUGAUUUCACUCCUGCCAGAAGAAUGGAAGCCUGGGGAAACCUUGUAUGGCUGUCCUUGGGAAGCGGUUGCCAUCACUGCUUUUGUUGGAGUACUGACCUUCACCCUCUUCUUCUGGAAGACCGUGUUGGUAGUAAAGAAGAGAGAAUAUCUUGUGGAUGAAAAAAGGCUCACUGAGCAAAUCGAGGCACUCAAAAAAGAAAAGAACGAUACUCUCACAAAGAUGUCUGAACUCCAGAAGCAGACUGAGCAGCUAAAGGAAAAUCAAAAGCAGUCAAAGGAAACAGUUAGUUGUACAGUGAAAAGGAUACAGGACCUAGAGAACAAGGUUUUGGAGGCCCAAUCACGAAAUGAGCAGAUGGUUGAGGAAAAGAACACAUAUGUGAAACUACUUGAAGGAGAGCGGGCAAACUCUGCGGCAUAUGAAACCAGGAUUGAGAAAUUGGAGAAGUCAAAUGAGAAGCUACAGCUCAGCAGAAAAAAGAUUCAGGAAGCACAUUCAAAAACUACUGUUCUCCUGGACGAAGCGAAGAUUCGUGAAGACGCCCGAAAUGUUCAGCACAAAUGUCUCGAGAAAGAGUAUACAGCUCUAAAAGAAGAGAACAAAACGCUUAAAGCUAAUAUUAAAGGCUGGGAGGACAAACACAAGGAGCUGAGUGAGCAGAUUAAAACCUAUCAAAAGUCCCAGAAAGAGCUGGAGGACUCUGUGGUGCUCAAAGAUCACAAUGUGGAGGUUCUGUCUGAACUUCUGGCAGACUUAGAUGCUUGCGAUCUGCAAAAAGGUGACACCAAAGUUUUAGCCAAUGGUGAAAUAGCACCUGAUAAGAAGACAGCCAUAAAGAACAGGAUCAAACAGAUGAUGGAUGUUUCCCGGGUCCAGACCACUCUGACAGUAGUUGAAGAAGAGCGAGAUCGCUUCAUGUCUAAACUACUGAAUGAAGAAAAGACUAGAAAAACCCUGGAAGAACAACACCAGGAGCUGGAACAUUCAAUUGCAACCCUAAAAAGCGAAAAGAGCCAUGUUGAAAACCAGUUCAAGAUCCUCCAGCAGAAAAAUGAGAUCAUGGUUGAAAUGUACCAACAGAAGGAAAAUGCUCUACAGCAGAGAUUAACGAAGGAGGAGCUGGAGCGACGCAGCAAAGAGAGCAUGUUGUCUGAGGUGGGAGGAAAAGCUGUUGAGGCAGAGGAGCAGGUUAAAGUCUUAAGGCAACGCAUUAAUGAAAUGGAGGAACAGAUGAAGAAGACAGAGGAAGUCUACAAAGAGCAGAUAAAAGAACAGGAAAACAAAACUCAUUCAAACUGGGUGAAUGCUCGUAAUGCAGAGAGAGCUCUGAAUCAAGAGAAGCUUGAAUCAUCAAAGCUCCGUGAAAAGCUGGCUGUACUAACCUCACAGCUGAAUGAGCGCCGUGCUCCACUCUUCAGACCAAACUCUGGACAGCCUGCAGGCCCUCGCCAAGGUGAUUCAUAUGGGCCCUCUCCUGUGAGUGGGGGUGCACCAUCCCCUCCACUAAUGAUAGAGGGUCCCAGGCGCCCUCCUUCUGCCCCUGUGGGGCGAAGAAUUGACCAGUAUGGUCCUCGACCUCCAUCAGAUCCUCAUGGCCGUUACCCUGAAAACAAACACAUCCCUGGGAUGGACAUGAUGGGUCCCCGCAGCUCAUCACCCGCCAACAUGGAUACAUCUACACAGGAAGUAGAUCCACAGAUUAAAGCAGAGACUCAGGCUGAUGCCUCCACAGAGAGUCCAGAGGCAGGACCUGGAUCCUUCCUAGCGUCUCCAAUCAGGGACUCACCUGGCCCCAUGGUCCAAGGACCUCCGCCAGGCCCUGGACCCCAUGACCCACUACCCCACGGCCGUCUGCCACCACCUGGACCUUACAGACCCCCACGACCCGGCCCCUACCACCUGCCACCAGGUGCCCUUCCUCCGAACAUACCUCCUCCUCUUCACGGGCCUCCACUGCCAGCUAAUGGACACCCAGGUAUGCCUAUGCCUGGACCAAUGGGAGGGGAGUUUGGACCUCGACCCACCAACGGACAUGCGUUCCACCCCAGGCCCGGCCCUGGCCAUAUUAUUGAUCCUCGGGGUCCACCACCACCACAUUUCCGUCCCCCUCCGCCUCAUCACUUUGGGCCGAUGCCUCCACCACACGGUGUCCGUGGGCCUCUUGGACCACGUCCACCCGUCCCUCAUGACAUGCGCUUCCCAGGUCCACGUGACCACACAAGCCCACCAAUGGACCUACCCCCAGGCAUCCCACCCCAUCCUACACAUCCUGGGGAUGCUUAUGGUCAGGCUCCACCCGAUGCCCUCCACAACUCAGCUCACAGCGGCCCCGGGCAGGACCUGCAUGUGAAGCAGGAGGCCCCUCAGGACUCAGCGAGGCCAGCAAUGGUCAAGCCUUAAAAUGCCACCAGAUACGGCAGAGGACUUGAACACCCUGUUACCCCGAACCCAUCACAUUAACAAACCAGACCCAGUCCAAACAUAGCUCAUGAUUAUUUUCAUUUUUCCAGUUAUAAAAUAAAAUUAAAAAAAAAAAACUGCAAUGAUGUUUAUUAAAAAAAAAAAGAUCCUUAAAUUAAACCAUCAAUAAUUAUAUGUCUGAAAUCUAUAUAAGUUGAAAGGGUUACCACUUUUCUAAACAGCUUAUUGUGCAAUAAAUAUGCCAGACAAUUUUAAUUUGUGUUGAUCAUUAAAUAAAUAAAAAAAACCUAUAGCAGUGAUUUUUAAGGGGCAAAUUUUUUUAAUGUCAUUUCCUGUGGAAAUUAUUUUAAAAUAGGAGAAAAAGGAGAGAGGUUUAGCUUUUAGCAUUUCAAGAAUAUCAUAAUUUUCCCAGAGCUGUUGCUUUAGAGUGAACUUUAAAGCAAAUGUGUAAUUUGAUGGCCAGAUGUAUAACUUAUUUUACUAUGUUGGUAGAACUUUUAAUAAUAAAGAAUGUAAAGGUUGUCGGUGUUAUGUUAUCAACUGGUUACAGUUCACGUACAGAGGAUGCGUCAUACACACUGUAGAUACUUUGCAACGUGUGUUACGGUCUCCAUUUUGAGAAAAAAUAAGGCAUACAUCUGUGCUGUUACUCAGAUAGAAGCACUAAUUUUACGACUGUUGAUGUUGACAUGCUCAUUUACCCAAAAACUGCAUGUACCAUAUUUCGUUUCUCCUGCUUAAUGUGCCUGUUUGAGUGGGCAGGGAAAGAACUUGACAUUUUGUUGCCUCAUACAAUUCAUGUCUGUACUACAUUUUUGUAUAAUGUAAACAAGUACUUUUGGAAUUGUCUCCAUGUCCAAAACACAUGACAAUGUGGCUUCAACAAGAUUCAGCUCUCCUCGUCUGAUUCUUGCUUUUCUCAAAAGGCAAGAACACGUCCAUCACACCGAUUUCAUUAGGACACACUGCCUCAGGAGUGUGUGUGUAGUGUAGUGUGGUGCCUGCAAUGUUUGAUGCUGAAUUUACUCAAAGUCCAAAUCAAGAUGCACUAAAGAAGCUCAAGGUGUUCGUUCACCCAAAUAAAAAAACACAUUUUACUUACCUGCCGUAAGUCGUAUCUGGCCAUGCAGGUAGUUUUGUUUUAAUUUGUCCAGGUUUUGAGAUAACUCAGAUGUUCUGCUUCCACUGUAUGAUAAUGGAGGUGAAUGGAAUUUCAUUUACAGAGCUCAGAACUGAAAAAUUACAUUUGAAACAUUUAACGGCAACAUCUCUUCUAAAUCAGUGUCUUCUGGAUAAUCCACACAAAUUGACGCAAACUGUUCCCUUUCUAAUUUCUCCAAAAGUUGUGUUGUAUGGUCUGUGCAUUGUCCUGAGUAGUAGACACGGAUUAUGGGAAGGGAAGCUUGUGCUAAAUUGUUUAAACACUAUAUUAAAUUCCAUUCAUCUCCACUGUGCUGAGGUGCAGGUAGACAUCUGAGAGAUGGUAUUUCAGAACCUACCUAAUGUUUAAAGUUCAAUUUAUUCAUUCAUAAUAUCAUGGGGAUUCACAUUCAUCAAUGUUGGAUGCAGAUCAUAGGAAACAAAUACCCAUAAAAUAAAAACAUAAAACUACA